AUGUCGUCGGACGAAGAGGCUGUUGCAGCGCUUUAUGCAAAGCGUCAAGAGUUGCUGAAACAGCUCAGCGAAAUCAAUAGCGUUAUCAGAACCCUAGAGCAGCAGAUGAACGAAAAGGCAAACCCAAACGGGAGCAUCAAGCAAGUUGACAGUGGCACUGUUGGAGGUACAGAUGCUGAGCGUGUGAGCCACCUUCUGGAUUGUUGUGUGCGAGACUCCAAUGGAUUGAGAGAUGCCAUGAAGGUGGUUGACGCCUGCAAGGCCCUUCGUGAAGGGGCCGUUGAGGGUGAAGCAAGUAAACAAAAACUUCUAUUCUGCAACACGUUUCUACACGGAAUGAUCGCUAAAGCACAUGACCUGGCACUUGAUCCGAAUGGAAGUGAACUAGUUCAGCAUGCUCUUGGUUUGUUGAAGAACGGAGGGUCUGUGUCUCCGUCAUUGCACAUGACCGACUACCUCGUAGAUUCCACCAGUGAUUUAUCAGAAAUUCUUCUUCUUCUUUCAGAGUUGAAGGAUCACAUACCACAGAUUUGCUGUGACACCAAUGGUACACGUGUCAUGCAAAAACUCUUCGAUUGUGUUAAAAGCUUGGAGGAAGUUGAAUUCAGCGCAGACUGUUUUUCACGCUCCAUUAUAACCUUGUGCAAAGACAUCAAUGGUAGCCAUGCUGUUGCCCGGUUAUUGGCUGCAGCACGUCAAGCAAACUUUUGUGGCGAAAAUGAACUAGAUGAGCCCACAAAGGAUAGGCUCUCAAAAAUUCACAAGCUAUUGUACGAUAACUUUUCAGAAAGUUGCGUUGAUGUUUGCAGGAAUCGUCAAGGAUGCUGCAUUAUUCAAAAAUGUCUCCAAUGGGCCCCUGAACCGUAUUUUUCCACAAUCAUCGACACUGUUCUGCAGAAUACACUAAAACUUGUUCAUGACCCAUUCGGCAACUACGUAAUUCAAUUCAUUCUAGAUCAUGAACACGAUCUUGCGCAGCGUUCUAGCCAGGGCUCUGAGACGACAAACUACACAAAUCGAACCAUAAGGCAAAUGCUUCACAACGUUGCCUCACUUUCGUGUAAUAAGUUUAGCAGCAACGUCAUUGAAAAAUGCUUAAAGACAGCUUCUCCAGAGGUGCGACAGCUCCUUGUUGAUGAACUAACCGACCCACAAGUCCUUCCCAAACUAUUGACAGAUGGAUUUGCAAAUUAUGUUAUCCAGACAGCCAUCGUGACCUCUACGGAGGAAAGCCAGUUCACACAGCUGCAUGAUUCUAUCAUGCCACUUCAAAAUUUGCUGAAAAAUUCACCUUAUGGUGUAAAGGUUGAGGCAAAACUGGCACGUCGUCGGCGUGAAUGUGCUCGAAAGCAGAAUCAUCACAAGCAACAAAACCGACGGAACACGGCGCUCUCGCAGGCUGCAGACCAUGUAGCCCCUGACGGCUUGUUGGGCUCACAGCUUUUGCCUGGAAUGCACAGAAUUCCAACUUUAGUAGGGACUGAUGCCCUCAACCAGCACGCAGUGGCGUUUUCCAACGUAUCGAAGGACAUGACUCAGAUGGUGGCUCAACCGCAGUACAUGCCAUUUAUGUUUCAAGGGCAACAGGCACUCAUUGGUCUACAUCAGAACCACUCUCACCAGCCCUUCCCAGUAAAUAUGAUGAAAGAGGGCACCAUUUGGGGACCCCAACAAGGCUUUUCCGUGUUCCAUCACCCAAACCAGAGAAGUGAAGAUGGACAAUUGUAA